UGGUUUGCUUAUGCCUUCAUGACCAAGUGCCUCAUCACCCUCUCCACAGUGGGAUUAGUGAUCCUGAUCCUGGCGUUUCACAUCAAAGAGAUCCAGCUCUUCAUGCUGGACAAUUCCCUCACCGAUUGGCGAAUUGCAGUCAGCACCCCGAAAUUGGCUCUCAUCACACUGGAGCUUUUAGUCUGCUUCCUUCACCCCUUCCCGGUGGGAGAUUUCGUUUGCCUGGAUCCCAAGUCGGAACAGACCCUCGUCUUCCUCUCCGAUGUUGACAUGUUGCUCUCACUGGUGAUGUUCCUCCGCCUCUAUCUGGUCCCUCGGGCUGUGCUAAUGCGGAGUAGUGUGAUGGGAGAUGCCUCCUACCGUAGCAUCGGGUCCCUCAACAAGAUCCACUUCCAGUACCCUUUUGUGUUACGGGUGAUGGUCAACAGCCAGCCGGGGCGUGUGCUGCUGAUCUUUACAAUGGGACUCUGGAUCAUCGCUUUUUGGAUACUGUCCGUCUGUGAACGGCAGUAUAUGGAUGAGAACAACUACCUGGGUGGGACAUUCUGGUUGAUUCCCAUCACUUUUCUGACCAUCGGCUACGGAGAUGUGGUGCCCGAAACAGUCUGCGGGAAAGUUGUGUGUUUGUUCACUGGUGUCAUGGGAGUGGGGUGCACAGCUCUCCUUGUGGCCGUGGCUGCAGAUAAACUGGAAUUCACCAGAGCAGAGAAACAUGUCCAUCACUUCAUGAUGGAUAUCCAGUGUGCCAAAGAGGUAAGAGAAGCCCUUUGCUUGAUGGAAUCCCGGAGGGGCAGAGAAAUCCGCUUUAGAAAUCGUGUCUCAGCCACUGGAGCCAAAAAAGACUACA